AUGCCUGUUUUAAAAUCAUGUUGGACGCCUUGCAUAUGGAUCACAAAUGUCAAAACUGGAAGCAAAGCUGUCGCUUUUUACACAGCAAUGAUCAGCGUGGUAUUGAUAACUAUGAUAGCUUACAUGCUUAACGGUGGAGAAUCUUCUCAAUUAUAUUCACCGCUUUUCGAAACAGAUGUUAAAGAUUCCAUGCAAGCAGUUGGCGGGUUCUUCAUACUUUACCUUUUGUUGCUCAUUAUUUUUAGCAUUUUAAUGGUUGUCGGUAUAAAUACGAAAACAAGAGGACUCAUGUUGCCUUGGAUGAUUGGUUUCGGUCUUGUUUGCGCAUUUCAAAUGGUAUUCAGUCUUUGGCUCCUCGGUGGAUAUUACAUAUAUUUGAAUUCAGUAUUUGCAGCUUUCGUCAAUUGGAUAUGGCUAGCUUACAAUUUUUACUGCUGGCUUUGCGUUUAUUCCAUGUAUAAAAUCAUAGCAGAUACACAAACUCCAAACAUUUACUUGCUUUAUCCGUGA